AUGCCCUACACGCCGCCAGCGUCGUCUGUGACUCUCACAACCCCCGCCGGCCUCUCGCCCCGUCGACAUGGACGCCACAACUCUGAGCCGCUUUUGAUGCCUGCCCAUCGGCCCAGAACCGCCCUGCGGUCCAGCUCCUAUCUCCAUCGCCACAGGCGGAGCCCGUCCAUUCGCUCCAGUGUGCCUACGUUCCCGCCACAAAAUGUGCCCGCCCGUGACCAGGAGAGCAGUCUCGUGAACGGCAAAGAAGCGGCUUGGAAGACUUCCCAGGCAAGCUCUACCGCCUUGAUUCCAUCAUGUUCGAUCCUCUCCCCCCCAGAAUCUAGGCAAAAUUCAAGCGAUGAAGACGAGCAGAGAAAAGAAAAGGAAAAGCAGCUGGUGCUUGCUGAACUACAGGCCGCCAUCCGCUCAAUGGAGACCCCAGCCGUGCGUUCGCCAUCCAAGGAUGCUGCUGACACCCGCCGGUCUCCUUCACUUGAACUGAUACCCCUCCGUUGCCAAUCUGUUGACGGCUCUGCCAUUUGUCAGCUUCCUGAAAUUGGAAUGCAGACGCCAGACCAGAGUGACCGUGAAGACGAAGCGGGCGCUCUCAGGCCAGCCAUGAUUCGCAAGAAGUCAGGUGAGCUUGUGAGGCCUGCCCUUCGCAUGAAAAAGAGGCCCUCCAGCAUGCCUGGCACGCCCACCUUUGUGAAGAAUGUUCACUUCGAUGUGCAGCUCGAACAUGUUCGUCACUUUCUACAGGUUGACAGGCCCGUUGCCGUGAGCGCUGGGUCGUCUCCCGUAGACGAGUACGACGGUGAUAACGAGUUCCCAUUCGAAUCGAAUUCUUCGCCCAAGUCACGGUCUUUUAAAUGGGAGGCAAAUGUUACAAAUUUUCCACGCUCAAAGCAAAUGAACAGCCUCGCUCCAGUGAAACUCGAAAAGAUAUUUUUAUCUGCCGAUAACAAGUAUCUUGUUGGCGUUGUUUCGGUUGCAAAUCUUGCCUUCCAGAAGCACGUCGUGGCGAGAUUCACUUUGGACCACUGGAAGACCGUCUCUGAGAUUGAAGCUGAGUACAACAAUGACCCUUAUUUGGGCCAACAUCGCAUCCGCAAUGGCAACUACGAUCAGUUCCAUUUCAACAUUCGCCUUGCAGACCUUGCUGACCUGGAGUCGAAAACGAUGUUCAUCUGCAUCCGCUACCACGUCAAUGGCCUUGAACUUUGGGACAAUAAUCACAGCCGGAAUUACCACAUCAACUUUUGCAAGAAAUACAAGUGUGGUACAGCUAGCAAACGAGACCAUCCAACCGGGUCUAUCGGCUCAGCACCUCGUACCAAUAGGAAUGUUCCCCGCCCACUUUCAAUGCCUCCGAUUUCCGGCAGUCCGUCGUUUGUUCCGGCCAGGUCGUUCCGGAGUCCAAAGGACAAAGGCUUCGCUCGUCUGAGUGAGCAAGUGCCCCUGCAUCAUGCUGAUGACGAUCUUGUGGACGCACCCACCAAAAGAACAAAGCCCGGCAACCAGGCCUUUACCACUCGAUAUGAUUUCGGAUCUUCGCUCUCUGCGGCUAUGCAGCCUGGUAAUGUUGACAUGGCGUCGCAGGAGCCUGGGCCUAGCAUAACUUUCGUCUCCCAUACUGCUGGAGACAAAGUGACGAAGAACUCUUCUGCCAUUUCGCUCGCGCAGCCGCGACAAUUGGUAAAGCCAUGUGACUUAAUCUCUACCAAGCCAUACCACCAGUCCCCAGGCUACAAGGAAUUGGUGGACAAGUACUGUUUCUACGAAACUGGCUCUCCUACGAAGACGAAGGCCAAAUCCACUGCACCCACCAAGCACGAAUCUAACACCGAGAAAGAGCAGUCGCAAUCUGAUGACACCCUGUUGACCUCGCCCCUAGAAUCUUGCCCCUUUGACGGUGCACCAUUGACCUCGUCUCCCAUUCAGACUUCAAGGUCCCCAUCCCCACCAAGCCAGCCCAGCCCCGAUCUGAGGCCUGACAGAUCCUCUCCUCCGACUUUCAGUAACCCCUUCCACACUACGAUUCCCGCUCGCUUCUUGUCUGAGUCUCCUACGCGCACGGCGAUUCCUGGUUAA